AUGGAGGAGAUGCUCAAGAUGCUCCAGGCGGCGUAUGGAACCAAGUUGAGAGGUGCUACGGAGAGGAAGUCGCUGCUGCGUAACGUGGCUGGAGGCGAGGUUGGCCAGGUGGUGGCCAACCGGGUGGGACUGCACGCAAGCGGCUUUUUCGGCGAACACAAGACACAUCAUUAUCACACACUCGCGCCCGAGGCCUUGGCCCUUCUUGCGCCGGGCGAACAUGUGACCUUGCUCAUGUGCUGUAAUUGCCACGCCUUUGCUCGCUUCCGAAUCGUGCCCUCGCCCUCGCCCGAUCCAUGUCCGCAUCCUGCACAUCACUACCACUACGCCGAGAUGGACGAGGUGGCAGACGGCGAGUGGUCGACGGGCGCGGUGCCCGACCUGGGUGCUGCAUGCUGCGGAUGUUCACGGUCUGUCGAUGUGGUUGUCUCGCGCCCGGUCGUGCCGCGCGAGGUGCUCAAGGCUGUGCGGAUGGAAGCGGCCGGACACAGCGAGCUGGUCGACACUGCCUACAACACACUCGGCAUGUACAUGUCCAAGCUUGCGUCGGGCGACGGCAAGGGCAAGCGCAUCAACUCACAAAACAAGGGCUACCUCCGCCGGCUCGGUGCUCUCCCGUCGACCAGCGACGUCCUCGCUGCCGUCGGCUUUGUCCUUGCCGCCGACGGCUUUUGGGAUCCGCCAGACCCGGACGACCCAGAUGUGCUCUACACGCUCACCAUGGCGCGAGUGGAGAUGGCGUUUGAGGCCUCGCACACACUCUCGGUGGCCGAGAUGACGGCCGGCCGGCUCGCACUUGAUCCAACCGAUGCCACCGGCCUCAUCCGCGACGCGCUCUGUGGCGACAAGUCGCGGCUCCUGCACGCCCGCGGGAAGGAAGCCAGCUUUUUGCAGACCAUGCGGCCGCUCGCGGCUUCGUUUGUUGCCAUCGGGCUCGCCACAUCGGCGUCCGACGAGGCUAUUGUUUGGGCGGCGCAGCUCGCCAUUGACGAGGCCCGCGAGCGAACGCUCGACGUGCUGGAUGCGAUCAAGACGCUCCAGGCGGCACGCAACUCGCCAGCCCUCACCGACAACUAUCGCCGCCUGCUGCGCGAGAACGGGAGCGCCAUCCAAGAGCUGACUGGGCUGGGCGAGCUCGGACUGGAGUUCAGCGCGAGCGACGACCACGUGGUGGCCACGUACUACAGCAAGCGCGAAAAGGCACCGCACCUUGCACACCACCUCAAAAAGGCAGCUACAAUGGUGGCACGCGGACGGCCCGAGUCAGCCACGCUGAGUAACCUGGUCGAGACGCUGGAUCUACCAUCGCCGACGGCGCGGCGCAGCUCGCACACGGCAUCGGCCGAGAUGACCGAGGAGGAGCAGGUCCAAGCCGCGAUUCUCGAGUCGCAGCGGGCGAGCGCCUUCCUGCGGUCGCCGGGCCCGGAACCCUCCUCGCCUCUACCGUCGCCGUCGUCGCACCUGGAGCGGGCGGCGUUUGCACUGCGGCUGGAGAGUCGCGCGGGGCUCGGCCUCCCAUGUGGCUUGCUCAACAUCGGGCAGACAUGCUACUUUAACUCGCUCAUCCAGGCCCUGUUUGCUUUUCAACCGUUCCGACUGGCCAUCCUCGCUGCACCUGCGCCUGGCUGCACCCCCAGCGACGAACAGAGCGGAAGCGAGCACGUGGCGGCAUUUGUGGCUGCAUUACAGGAGCUGUUUGCUUACAUGGCACUCGGCAAGGCCAAGACGUACAACUCAUCCAAGCUCAUGGCCGCGCUCCGGCACGAGUCGGGUGCGCCGGUCAGGGUCGGCCUCCAGGAGGACGUCGCCGAGUACAUCAACGUAUUCCUCGAGCAGGCGAAGGCCGCGUUUGCGAGUGCAGAUGCCGAGGCGCCCAACCCGGUGACAGAGCUCUUCUACGGCGAGCUUGCCCAGGUACUGGCCUACUCUCAGACAGACGAGGCGGGGCCGGUCCCGCAGCCAGCCACCUCGGUGCCGUUCAACCGGCUCAUCCUCGACGUUGACGCUGGAUCGAUGCAUGCCGCGCUCGAUGCGUACACGGCACCGACGCAAACGACCCGGCUGGCGUCGGCGCCGCCGGCACUCAUCCUUCAGGUCUCACGUGUCGUUUUCUCGCCGGCCACUCAGGCCGGGAUCAAGAUCGACGACCCAUUCGAGUUUCCCGACAAGCUGUUCCUUGACCGGUACCUCGCGGAGAAUGCAGAGAGGGUGGCUGAACUGGCCGAGCACGACGCUUUGCUUGCGGCGCGCAUCGACGAGCUGGCGCACGAGCUGGUCCCUGGCACCGAGUUUGACGCACUCUCAGCGUCGAUGGCGCUCCUGAAGAGCCAUUCACCGCCCGGCGCGGUCGCAGCUGCCGAAACGCUCUCGCAGCUCCGCAGCAGCCUGGAGGCACGCAACAGGCUGAUCGCAGAGCAGACUGCAGCGAUCAAGGCCGAGCGCGAAGCGCUGUUCUCCGAGCUCGACAAGACAGCAUACGUCCUGCACGCAGUGCUUGUGCACGACGGCUACGCCUCGUCGGGUCACUACUAUGCUUACGUGCGCCAAAACCCAGACGGCUCGACCUGGUUCCGACUCGACGACGCCACAGUCUCGAUGACAACCGCGGCCGAGGUGUGGAAGCACGCGACUGGCGGGCACAAGCAGGCUUCUGGCUACUGCUUUAUGUACGUCAAGGCCGAGGCGGCCGCAGCCGCGAGUGUAGUCUCGGAUCCUGUCAUGGCCGAGCUUCCCGAGCGGGCCGCCGCCGCGGCGAGGCACCGCAACACCGUCGACGCGAGCAACACGCGACUGUUCCCGCAGAGCUAA